AAUAAGAUAGGAACGGUAACCCGUGUCCUCAAUUCUACGGGGAGGGGGUGUACGGGAUGGAUGUUAAGUCGUCUGACAGACCCCCCUCCCCCGUGGGUGGGCGGAGUCUCAGAUGCGCACCCUCUCGCCUUAUGUGGUUCAUCAAUGCACUCAUCGUUAGCAACGGUUAAACCGACAGAAGAAGAGCAGAAGCAGCAGCGCUCCGUUUUGCAAGGUUUCCGACAAAAUAAAGUGCCCUUAAGUGCCUCCAAUUUUGGACUGUAUUUGUCCCAGAUUAGUGUUGCUCCUUCUCUGCUUUUUGAGACCUUCAAAAUGAAAUUUGAUAAUAAAACCCUAGAUACAGAAAUGGAUUUCAUUGUGGCAACAGAUAAAGAGUUUGGAGAAGUCAUAGCUAUGUCAAAGGGUAUUUAUGGUGGGUUAGACUACCUACCUUCCAGAUAUCAUAGCUGGCUCAAAGAUGCAAACCGGAUGGUUAUUUUGGCAAGAAAAGAUGGAAAAGUGAUAGCCCUAGAGUCUGUCUGCAUCAUAGAUGAUGGCGAAACAAUGUUAGUAGAGGGCCUGCGGGUAGCGCCAUCUGAAAGAGGAAAGGGUGUUGCUGGCAUUUUGCAGAAAUACUGUAUACAACUCGUUAAAGAAAAAUACCCAAAUGUGAAGAUAAUCAGACUUACAAGGGAUGAUAAACUGGGCCCAAAAGACUUCCGAAAGUAUCGUCUUAUUACAAAACAGGGCAUUUUACUGGUACGCUUUAAUGUGAAGGAGCUUCGGUCCAGAAUGGAUGAUAUUGUUCAUAUGCUAGAAGAAGCUGGCUCUGAGCUGUGCCCCACUGUCAUUCUUGAAAGAGAGGAAGUGAAAAACAUCAUCCUGAGCAUGACUGUGUCAAACAAGUUAUUGCCAAGCAAAACCAUUAUACAGGACUGGCAGCCAUUCAAGCCAAUUGAAAGCAAUCUGAACUUGCUACUGAAAAAAGACUUGCACUGGAUUGUGGACAACAAGCAAUGCCCAAACUUUGCCAGCUUGUGCACCUUCCCAUUUCGAAUUCCUAUAGGCGAUGACUGGUUCUACCUGAACAUCGACAUGUUUGGCAAAGAUCUGGCCCAUAUUAAAAGCCAUUUGAUAGCUCACUUACACAAUCACACUCAAAAUGGACAUGGGAACAUAAUGUGUCAGAUAUUUAUGGAGCCUAGCUUGUGGGAAGAUAUGGCUUACUUCUGUAAACAUGUAAUCUGUGUGGAGAUUGCCAAAGGCUAUACUGAACAGUAUCUUCUAGAGUCAGAUCUGCACCCAUAGUUAGGUGUACAUUAAUUAAGAUAUAAUGUUUCCUUAAGCAAUAUUCUUUAGUACUUGUUCAGAAAAAAGUACUUAACUGAUUUUAGCUGCAGUGAAUUUUUUAUGUUGCAUUUCUGCAAACUGGUUAUCUUUUACAGGUCUUCAGUGAUUUUUUUUGUGUAAUAUUAACAUUAGCACUUUUGGUAGUAUAUAUUCUGCUGAAUGAAUAGUAUCAGUGACACACGCAACAUUUUUGUGUUAUAUUUUACAUUUAGUUGUGAAACAAAGAAGAUGCUUGCAUCAGAAACUAUUAGUUAUAGUCAUGCUAUGUGUACUAAAUCCUUUCCGUUGCAGCUUAUAUGUCACACACUUAAGCAGCAAGUGACAAGCAUGAUGCUUAUUUGUAUUUAUCUAGAGGUUAUUUGCAGUUCUUUUGUCUUUAUUAAUCUUUGGAGAUGUCAUAUGAGGUUUUACACAUAGCACUUAUACUUGAAUGUUCAGGUUAUCUCUUUGCAUAAGGGGAGUCAUUUAAAUAUUUUAAGGUUGGUAUUUUAUACAGAAUAGAAUUUAUCUUGGAUUUUCUAGGCCUCUUAGCACAACUUGAAUCCUUCCCUUUUGUUUUGUGAUUUAUUUAUCGGACUAUGCCUGUCUUUGAUCUAUAUCCUACUGUGUAUUUAAGAGGUCAAUAAAAACAAUACAAAAAUCCAA